CUGAUCCCUUCCAUCCACAAUCAUAAAUUGCCAACUUCCAGAUGACCGCAAGUGGGCUUUCGUAUAGAAAAUACAAACCCUCCUCGCUGGAUGCGAGUACAUAUUGCAUACCCAAUGCAGCUGCCAAGCUAAACCCAAUCCGAUCAUAUCUCCCACUUGCAACGACUUUCGUCCGUUCUGCCUUUCCAUGAUCCCUCCCCCUCCCCUCGCGCACACAAUAUAGAUUCGCAGGAGGUAGAGGGAGAUUUUAGCUGACCGCCGACGGCUUACGCUAUAUCUAUUAGCUCCGACGGGACCAAGACGAGUAAUUGAUGGAUUCGGAGAUGGAGAAACGCGGGAGACAUGGGGGAAUAAUCCUUCCGGAUUAGUAUUUUUUACCUCGACAUCACCCCUACUUUUCUUUCAAUGCAUGGGCUCUUAGUAUGCUUCCAGAGGAUUUUAAAUGGGAGCAAAGUAUAUAAACAGUAUUUCAAGGGAGGAAAUUCUGUUCUUGGAUGAUGGACAGCUCCUAGAGAUUUACUCUUCCCCUUCCACGGAGCCCGAUUUCUUUGUGUAUAAGCCAGACUUCUUUUCAGGAUCACCAUUUCCAAUCACUUACCCACCUCCUUAUCCUACACCCCUGCUUCCCAUCUACCAACGCCAUAGAGAACAAUGUCACCCACCCACAAAACCGUCCUGAUAACGGGCUGCUCAACUGGCAUAGGCGCCAGCCUCGUCCGCACCUUCGCCAGCCACAUAAACCCCAAAACAACCGUCUACGCAACAGCUCGUAACCUCUCGUCCCUCAAACAAUUCGCUGACCUCCCGAACGUGCAUUGUUUUGCGCUCGAUGUGACAUCGACAGUCUCGGUCCAAGCAUGCGUCGAGGCAGUGGAAAAACACAUACUCUCCACUUCCAAAGAACAUGGGAAUGAGAAUGGGAGUGGAGGCUUGGACUAUGUGAUCAAUAACGCGGGAAUGGGGUACGAUAUGCCAGUUCUCGACAUCGAUAUCGAGGAGGCGAAGAAGGUGUAUGAGACGAAUGUUUGGGGAGUUUUGAGGGUUGUGCAGGGGGUUUCGGGGAUGCUUGUCAAGGCGCAUGGCACGGUUGUUGUGGUGGGAACUGCAUUUGCGUGGAUGAGUUGGCCUUUCAAAGCCGUAUACUCGACCUCCAAAGCCUCGACCACGCUCCUAGCUGAAACCCUGCGUCUCGAACUCGCACCCCUCGGCGUCAACGUCCUCACCAUCGCAACAACAGGCAUAGCCUCGAACUUCCUCGGGAAACUUGCAGACUCUAAACUCCCUCCAACCUCGCUGUACCGCGAGAUCGAGACACAGUUCCGCAGCUCCGCCGUCAUGAGCGGGACGGAACUCAUGGCAACUGAUAAGUACACGGCACAGGUGGUUGAGGAUGUUUUGGGAGGGAAGAAAGGGAUAGUUUGGAGGGGAGCAAGUGCGUUUGCGGCGAGGUUGGCGGUUGCGGGGUGGUUGCCGCAGUGGGUUGUUGUGAGUACUCCCUUCUUCUUUAUAUGUUUUCUUUUCUUGGGAUAUGGUACUUUUGGUGGACUUUUGUUGGGAAAGGGAUGA